CAUUGAAUGUAAAAUGUUAUUUUUUCAUCGUUGUUAUUCUGAAAAUCUUUUAUCGUGAUUAGUAUAAAACGAUAUCGAUUGCAUCGCAGUUCUGAUUUCUUCGACUUUGAAGUUCUCGCAAUAUAAAGUGCAACUGUCGCUGCCUCAGUCUGUAAGCACUCCGCAGAUUUGAGUCGUCAUUGUGACUUUUCAAAACGGCAGACGAUUGUAAAAUGACAUCGGGCAAAAGUCAAAAAAAAAAAAAAAAAAAAAAAAAAGGAAAGAAACAAAGCACAAGGGGAGGAGGGGGGAGAUAAAAAGCAAAGUCUGCGGGUAAACUAGACACUUCCUGUCAUUCAAGUGCAUACAGUUCAUCGAUUAGCCAAUCACGACACUUCAGGGGCGUGGCAUUUGCCUGUCUCACCCGGCGAUAAUAGUGGUACAGCGGAGGGAGUAGACGGGAAGGGCCGCGUGCCAUCAUUCGAUCGCCCGGAGACGUCCGCGCGCCCGCGCGAUCCCAUUGCGCAGUAGCAUCAACCUUGCCAGUCUGGCGGCUGGACACCGGCUCCGUCCGUCGUCAGGGAAAGACGCUGGUCCAUCCCGCUUGUGCUCUUUCAUACAAGGUCCCUGAAUUUCGUUCUGGCAGUCUGAGGCCCGUUGGAUACUCGGGGUAGCUGAAAGCAUUUCUCAAGAACACUGCAAUGCAGUGCCUGGCUUUGCUGACAAUCGCAGAUCUUCACUUUACACCUAAGAGGAAAUGACUCAAGAAGGCUUCGUUCGUCAAAGGACUCCCGUCUGGCGUGACAAUGGAACUUACUGUGGCGACACCUGUGAAAUCCCCCAGCUUGUUAAUCACUAAUCCUAGACCCAAUGUUUUUGUCUUCAAAAGUGUAAAGUCUUUGUGGAUAUGAGUCGACAAGAAUACAGCUGCUUCACAACACAGACCAAGGAUUCAAUUUUUUGAUAUGUAAGCUUUCCAAAACUUUUCCCGGUAAAUGCUGCAGUGUGACUAAACCUUUGUCAUUCUGAGCACGGAUAAUCAAUGCUUUUCAUUGAGGUGGGGCAGGUAACUCAAGCUGGGCUCGGGUUUGUCAGAAUCCUACCGGACUCACCAGAACGAAACCUAUAUUUGUCCAUUGAUUCUGUCAAAAUGUUGCGGAGAAAGCUCGAUCUUCGUUCCUUCAUAAGCAAGACGCCCAGCAUCUGAAGCUGAGAUUUUGAGGACGACCUUUUAGAUAGAAGAAAUGAAAGUGUGAGACAGUGGCGACGACACAGACGAAGCUGUCAGAAGCUGGAGACGCGCCGAGUUCGUUCCCUCGCUCACCUGGCUCUAGACGGAAGACAAUUACCCUUCCAGCUCGGAGGGCGUGGUUGGGCUGAGGGUGGAACCUUCACGUCACAUGUCUCCUUACCUUGGCAAUAUGGAAAUCUGCUUCAGGUGAGCGCUGAAACUGUGUGAGGCAGCGGUAGAUGUAGUGCUGCGGGGAGAAAGAAAAAAAUCGACAGUUAAAUCACGAAAUUUAUUUCCGUCGGUGAUAGAUGAUGGUAGAGUUGGCUUCUACGACAGGAAGACCAGAAACAGCGUAGUUAAAGUGUACUCAGCAUCCAUCGCCAUUUAUCGGUAAAUCUCGGCUGUGGGAGUCAGCAGCCAGCACAGCCGGUAAUUUGAAAAGGUUGGCAAGAAUGUUUGCUACAACUGUGGCUAGAAAAGAAAGAAUAGACGUAAGAACAUCGCAGUAAGGCUAGGAAGAAACUAGGUGCCAGUCAGUGCGAAAAAAAAAGUAAUAAAUAAGGCUGGCAAUGGCAAAGAUUUGGCAGUAGUAACGAUACACUGCUGAUAUCGUCAUUAAAGAAAUUAUCGUCUCCUUCUUUUUCCUUUCCUUUGUCCCUAUCAGAAAAAGGAGCAUCCUUCAAAAGAGGAGCGUUUGCAAGUGUGCUUUUAGAGUGAUGGAGUUAAGAUAGUCAAUUAUUGGUGUUAUACAACUUCAUCAUAGACACUGCUGGGACGCACAAUCAAGAAGAGUAGGUUCGAGUACUUGAUUUCUGUAAAAUAAUAAAAGAAAAAAAAAAGAAAUCUCGCUGACAUUAUCCCUCAGGGACUGAACAGGAAAGCAACGAAGGAGGAAGUGAACUGGAACUAAUGUAAAGUGACGCGUAGCUUUGUUUUGUGAGGCAUCCUCAGGCUUGUCAGAAAGGUGUUGCUGCCCUGCUUCUACAGCCUCGUUCUCAAACUGUAGAGCGUGGACAUCUGACGAACCCUGGUUAAUAAAUCACACUCUGAGUAGUUUUUUUUUAAUUAUUGUCCCUGGUUAAUGGGUUCAUCUGAACUGAACUGCUGUUUACAGGAUCUGAACGGUUGAGUGCCAUUCAAAAAUUGCUAGUCAUUAAUAAACUAACACGACUUCUGUUUUACUCGUGUGGGACAAUUGAUGGACAUAGAAGGGUUCUACACUUGAUCACUGAUAAAAUAGAAGAUAAGAUUUCUGUGGCUGGAUUUUACAUCAGUUAGAAUAAUUACUGACGCCGACGCACAAGCAGUACAAAACUGUCAUUUAUUAUUUUUUUUUAUUUUGCUUUGAACUGAGUUUAAGCUUGGUACUGUUCCCAGCGCUUGCCAAUAUUGUAUUGUCUUCCUUUUUGUGGAUCUGCUUAAACUACUGAAAAAGCUUUUUCUCAACAAUCUUUCUACUGUGUUACAUCGAAUGCGAAAAUGAAACGACACUUGACUAAGACGAAGAAAUGUUCCAUUGACUGUUGAGACCUAACGGUUUGUGGCGGAGCCUACAAAGGUCACACAGAGGCAUUCAUUAGGGUCAGGAACAGCAGCUAAGGAUUGGUGACUGUCGUUCCCUUGUCAACCCACGAGGCUGUUUCUUUGACAAGACCGUAGCAGCUUCAUAGAGCCGACUUGUCCUUGCCGUGGAGCAGCCAGACGCAUGCUGUGCACCAGGGGGGCCUCUGCGUCGCACGCAUCCGUCAGACAUUAACGUGAAGUUGCUGCUGCGUCGUCGUCCGGAGACGGUGUGGUGUUGCAACCGCCUUUCCGUCAUGGUUCUUCUCGCAGUCGUCUCCGUCGGGGGUCUCCUGGUGCUGUCGAUGGUGUGGAUUUUACCCAGCAUUCACCUGACAGCUGCGCGGACUUUCGGCUUUGGUUCUCCACGGAGACAAGCUAAAGGUGCAGACGCUACCUGCGAAUUUCCUGAUUAUCUUCAAAGUCCCGACAAGGACGGCGAACUGUUACCAUGGAACACGUGGAUGUGGUGGUUGUACCUGAGACAUACUCCCAAGUGGUCAGAGAAGCAGGAGGUUUACGUCAAGGGCUCACACAUGUGGCGCCAUCGGGACCGACAUAACCUGAAGUCAUGUGACCGAAGUCCACGCAGGGUGUACUCUGCGACCACCUUUGGCGACUGCACCGAACGAGAGCUUGUGUACAACCGCACGUGCAUCACGGAGCAUACCUCUGGAAAGUUCAGGGUUAUUCAGUACAAUGCUGACAGAACCCACCGUUUCACCUGUAUGAAAUUCGUUCGACGCAGUGACAACGUUGUGCAGGUGUAUGAAGGGCCUCUGAGCGAGUCCAACGAUGAGGAUUUGUGUGACGACGACAAAAUGUCCCUUGAUGAAUGGCCCUGGGUUGCGGAAUGGCACCAGCGUCCUUACAUCUGUCAUGUCAAUGGGGGCUUUACGUUCAGGACUAUCCGGCGUUUGACCAAUGAGGACUUGUGCGAGACAGAGUGGCGUCGAUCCCAUCUGGAGGUGGAGUGUGUGCGAGGAGAUGGCCUUCAUUUCAUGGCCCCUUCAGGCUCCAACUGCAACCCCUUUCUCAAAGAUGGAGACUUCAAGAGUCUGAGCUGCUGGGCUGGCUGGGACGAAGGUGACUACAUCUUCCUAGUAGCAGCGGAUGCCAACAGUCCCCGAUUUUGCUUACGGUUUCCGAAGUAUCAGAACGGAGAGUUUUCUACCUUGGUUUACUUCAGCGUCAUCUGCCCCACGGAGCAUGAUGGGAAGCCUCCACUGGGUAUUGAGUACUACGAACUGCGCAUGCGCAGAAAAGAUUUGUUCUCGUGCGAAGACGAAAACAUGGUGCGGUGCAGCGAGGUUUUGAAGGAUGGAGGGUGCAGCAAGCACGAGGCGUUGGCCAAGCAUUGCCCCCGCUCCUGCAACCUCUGUGGUGACAAGGAGUACGAGGAGAGUUCGAGGUCACGAUGCUGGUUUGACCUGCGUCUCUACGGCGACUGGGUGCUCUACGAGGCCGACAGAAAAGAGGAGGUGAAGGUCGACCGAGACAGCCUGACCUUCUCUCUUCUGGGGAACUUCCGGUGCUGGAAGACCCUCAGUGAAACGGACUACCUGUACACUACGCUGUCAAAGUUCAGGAACGGCUGUUCCCCGCGAUACACAUGCUUCCAGUUCAAGCGACGCAACAACAAUGUUCUUCAGUACCGCGUCGGACACAGCUACCGAGAGGAUCUGGAGGCUGAUAGACUAUGUGCGUUCGAGAGGACAGCUACCCUCUCAUGGACACCUACCGAAGCUUUUACUUCAAGAACCUUAUAUUGGCCAAGGACCUGUGGCCGUCCUACUGUGGACUCAACGCCAUCAUCCCCUUCAACGGCACCUUCUCCGGGGAGGUGUGUGAGGGGGAGGUGGGUGACUGGGACCCCGAGACGUGCACUACCCGUGGCACUAUCGUCUUCCGCUCCAACACGUGCGCCACGCUCAUUUUCCCGCAAGAGUUCCAGUGCCUGUCCUUCAUCCAGACGGACGACAUCAAGCCCGAGCAGCUACUCCUCACCCGCAGCAUGGACGGCCGGAGCGAAUUCAACUGCUGGAUUAUCUCAAGCGACUUGACUGGACUGCGCUGGCCGUACCGCGUGCUGUACCGCAUGCCUACCACCCAGUGCUCACGCCUCACCGAGAUGGAGAUCGGCAUCACGCGGCAAGCCAAGGCCACCCUGCAUCUGGACGACAGGGGACGCUCAAAACUUGCAAACCCGACCAGGAGAUGCAGUUGACGGCAACCCUGGAGGCAGUGACCAAGUCCACCGAUCCCAAGUACCUCCUCCCAGCCAUCAAGAACGACCCCCGAAGUGUCAACAUCAACUCGCAGGGACCUCCCAUGAGCAACACGCAGCCCACGCCCUCUAGCGGCCUGAGUUCCGGAGCUGAGAGUGCUCGCCCCUGCGGCCUCCUCGUCCUCGUGCUGCUGGUGGAGGCAGCGGUUCGCGUUGCGCUCUCCUCAUCCCAGUCUCCUCGCGGUCCUCCGCUCUCUUCAUGGCCCGCUGCCCUCGGGCCGCAGGUGGGCCCCAGACGGUGACUGGCCAAGGUGGCAGCGAGGAUUCUCUAGGUCUACUGUCGUUAUGUGUGUCUGUCUCAGCUUCUCGUUAUGUGUCGUCAGCUGACCUGAAACAUUCCGUACUAAGAAGAUUCAUCUACCUGUCACGACUGUCCCUGCGGUGUGCUGGCCAACUGUCACAGUAUUUCUGGGCGCGUGCUAGGUAGCUGUCACAACUCUACUGCGGCAAGCUACCCAGCUGUCAUGUCUGUUUUACUAUCGAAUGCUAAAACCCGUUACCUGGUUGCUGACACCAUUAAGUGCCAAAAACGACGUCACAAGACUUACAUCGCGAUUUCAGCAUGGCUGCCGAUGCUAAAAAUAGCGUGUCUACACGCAUGUCACAGGGCGUGUGAUAUCCACAGAUAGACGACAUGUCAAAACAGCUGUGUCUACACUCAAAGCGAGUGAUGUCACAAUAUGUUGCCUUGACUGGAGAAAUCGGAUUUCUUUCCCGGAUGAGGGCUUUUUUUUUUUUUAGGGAAUCCGUGCAGGCAGUUGUUCCUCCUGUUUUAAAAAUGCUUCGAGACAUAAUGCUACAAAUAUCUUGCUGUCAGGAUUGUUUUUUGUUGGGUGGUCUGAAAAUUGUUCUCGCCAAAUUUGUCCAUGUUCAGAACCGAGUUAGUGUUUGCUUCAACAUAACUCAUACCAACCAGUGUUCUAAACUUGGUAAGCUCUCCAAACUCCUAAUGUUAUAAGGUUGGACCAAUCAAAAGAGUCUUGUACGAUGGGGACUGGGGUAGAAAUUUUCGUUCACCACGCGAUGACAUCUCAGGAAAUCUGAGAACGUAUCGUUGCACAAACAAAUUCACAGUCGAGAGAGCGAUAGAGAAUGAGAGAGAGAGAUCGGUGACUGGUCUUGAUUAAGGGAACCUGUGUGGACUGUACGUGUAUAGUCACUAGGGGGCUCGAAACAGAUACAUAUGCAAAAAAACAACAACAAACAACAACGCAAAAGGAUGCUUUGUCACUUAAGGACAAUCACUUUCAAUGCUGCAAAGUUUCUUAGUGUGUGUGGCCUUUGUGUCUCCAAACCUUAUGAGAACCUUCGACCUGUAUGCAGGAUUAUAAAAACUAAGGCACUGAUACGGUGUGGUGUUUACUCCCCUCAGUUUUGUACACAAGUGGAUAAGAAAAAUAUAGUCAAACUGUUUGUAUUGACUGUUAAAAACAUUUUAUUUGUGCAUAUUUAGUGAUCAUUUAAUCACUUGUAUUAUUUACUAGCUCUAUUAUUGACCCAUUGUGUCACUGUUGUAGAUAAUAUUUUAAUGUUUAUUUACACACUUCUUGAAAUGUUUUUGUAGCUAAUCAACGUUCUUUUAUUUACCUCCUAAAACUGACCGCUUGGUUGCCAAUCGAAAGACGGAUUCUUUGAGGCAUGUCCAAUUCCUCCUUGCUGCAUUUUACUGGAGAGAACGGUCCUUUGCAUCUUGCUGCCGCCUCCAGCAAUCCGGCUUUCCUAACACUUUCAGAACUCAGCAUUUUUUUGGGUUUUAAAAUGUCUUACCAUAUCAUAUCCACUGACGCAUUGCAAACAUUUGUGCCAAAAAAUAAAUGUGCUGCUUUUUCUAACGUAGAUGCGCUGUGCUGGUAACACGAAGACUUUGGAACUAUACACAUGGAAAUGAUAUUGUAUGUUAAUAUUCCGCAAGGAAGACAUUCACGGACCAGUCCACAAGAGUAAAAUGAGCGUUUAGUCGUUAUUGUUGUUGUUGCUGGUGGUGUUGGUGGUGGUGGCGGUGAUAAUCUAAUGAUAGUUGUGUUGAAAUUGCCUAGACAAUGUUAUGUCGCAAAAGCAGUUACCUUCACGAGUGCUUGCGUGUGUUGCGCACAUUUUUGGAUACUGUGAAAAGUUGAGACUAAGGAGUUUUCAGAAGGAAUCUUCAUGAAGACUUAUGUGCCCUUGGAAGCCUUGGCAAAGCAUCAUUCAUUCGCCUGUUAGGGUCAAGUCGUAUCUGUGACUAGUUUGUGGUUCAGCGAGUUUCUUUUUUGCAUAGUAGUGUUGUACAUACAGUUUUAGUUGUCAAAGAUUACCUAACUGCAGUUAAGUGGCCAAGCUGUCAGCCACAACUGCUGUGUGACCGGUUGGUUUUUGUUUUUGUUUUUGUUUUUGUUUUUUUUUUUUUUUUUGUAAGAGCAUUAAUUAGAGAUUCUGACAACUGUUUGUGCAGCUUCUACAAAGAAGAAAUGUAGGUACCGCUCGGCUUCUGCCCUAGAAGUGGAAUUUAGUCAGCAGAAUGGUUGAAGAUGAGGGUUGGAAUUCUUAUCCAGUCUGUAAGCUACAUACAGUCCGGUCAAGCCUAUAACCUCGGACUCAGCUGGCCCUAUGGGCUCCUAGUUGUCGUGUGUCCAUGGGUGGCAGAGGUCAGAGGUUAUUAGCUUGCGCCGUAUUAAUGGAGGAUUACAGGCUCGAGGUGAAGUCCCGCCGUGGUCUAGAAAUGGAAUGUAGAUCGCUCUAGAUUAGAGUUGAGUGUUACUGACCCCGUAUAACUAAUUGCUUUCAUGUGCGCGUGACUGCGAAGGUGUGUACCUACCUGCCUACAGACCUGUCUGUCUGUCUGUCUUAUUUACACAUGUAUCGCAGACCUGAUAUUUUGUGGAUAACAUGGCACUUGAACGAUUGAUGAAGCAGUUCCCUUCACGGCAAUAAAAAACUCAUGUCAA